AUGGACGACGUCGACGUGCAGCGCGCGCUGCUGGCGUGCGAUGGACAUCGCGGCGCGCUGACGAGGGCCAAAGCGGAGGGCGCGCGCGCGGACGGACGCGACCUGAACACGCCCGAUCACUGGGUGGCGAGACACCCGAGCCUGGUGCGCCUGACGGGGACGCACCCGUUCAACUGCGAGCCUCCGCUGCGAGCGCUGAUGGAGGCGGGGAGCGUGACGCCGGCGGAGCUGCACUUCGUCAGGAAUCACGGGGCGGCGCAGAACAUCGCGUGGGACGCGCACGAGGUGAGGGUGGAGGUGAGCGACUCGGGCAAGGGGAGGACGUACGGGAUGGACGCGUUGUUGCGCAAGCCGGCGAUGACGAUGCCGUGCUUGCUCGUGUGCGCGGGAAAUCGGAGAAAGGAGCAGAAUAUGUAUGAAAAGACGAUUGGAUUCGGAUGGGGCGCGGCUGGAUUGUCGAACUCGCUCUGGACCGGGGUGCCGCUGCGGAUUUUGCUCGCCGAGUGCGGGGUGACCGAGGUGACGGCGAAGCGACGCUUUGUGUGCUUUGAGGGACCGAAGGGGGAGCUGCCGAAGGGUAAGGAUGGAACGUACGGAACGAGCAUUCCCUUGAGCAAGGCGCUCGACCCGGCGCAAGAUGUCAUGGUGUGUUACGCGCAAAACGGUGAGGCACUUCGACCCGAUCACGGGUUUCCCGUGCGCUUGAUCAUCCCCGGCUACAUCGGCGGCAGAAUGAUCAAGUACCUCACGACGAUUCGCGUCACGGAGCAUCCGAGCGACAACUUUUAUCAUUUCCGCGAUAACCGCAUCAUGCCUCCAGGCGUGGACGCGGCGAUGGCGGAUAAGCAAAACUGGUGGGAGAAGCCGGAGUACAUUUUCAACGAGCUCAACAUCAACAGCGCCAUCGCGUCGCCCGCGCACGACGAGUGCGUGCCGCUCGACCGCGAGCGGUACGAAGUGAAAGGGUACGCGUACACGGGCGGAGGACGCGCGAUCACGCGCGUUGAGGUGAGCCUUGACGGUGGUUACACCUGGAGAUUGGCCAACAUUCGUCGUCCAUUCGCACCGACGAUGUACGGCAAGCACUGGUGCUGGAUCUUUUGGGAUUUGGACGUCGCCACCGUCGAACUCGCGAGCGCCAAGGAGGUGAUGUGUCGGGCGUGGGACGAAGCGAACAACACGCAGCCGCGAGAUUUUACGUGGAAUCUCAUGGGUAUGGGCAAUAAUUGCUACUUCCGCGUGAAGCUGUCGGUCGCGGCGCUGAGCGAUAGAGCACAAAAGUACAUUCGAUGCGAACAUCCGACGGAGCCGGGCGCGCUCAAGGGUGGCUGGAUGGGUAACGAAGCCGGCGGAUGGAAGCCAGUGAUCGAAGCGCUCGAAGCCGCGCGAGCGGGUGAAGAACGGCAUAAUGACGCCGCCGACGAAGCGCCCGUCGUCGCCGCCGCGCCGAAGAAAAAUGUCAGAUACAUCACCAUGGAGGAGGUGGAGAAACACAACACUGAAGACGACUGCUGGAUUGUCGUUAAAGGUAAGGUGUAUGACGUCAACGCGUACUUGAAGGAAGGUCUGCAUCCGGGAGGUAAUGCGAGUAUUACCAUGAAUGCGGGCGAAGACACCACGGAGGAUUUCGAAGCCGUGCACAGCGCCAAGGCUUGGAAGCAGCUCGAACCUUUUUAUAUCGGCGACGUCGGAAGUGCGGAAGAUCAGGCGGCUUCAACGGCGGCUUUCGAUCGCAUGUGGGCGGGUGCAAAGCAUAUCGUGCCCGAAAACGCUCCACUCGGGCUGAACCCGAAGAAAUGGUUACAGCUCAAGAUUGAAAACAAAAUUCCGCUGUCGCACGAUUCCAUUCUUUUGCGUUUGAAGCUCGAAAGCGACGAGCAUCAGUGUGGUAUGCCCGUGGGUUAUCAUGUAUAUUUACGAGGCGAGUGGAAUGGCAAGAAGGUGAUGCGCGCGUACACGCCUUCCUCGCUCAACGGCACCCUUGGGGCUGUGGAACUGGUGAUUAAGAUUUAUUAUUCCGACGUCCACGAAGCGUACCCCGAGGGCGGGGCGUUGACACAAUACCUUCACCAUCUCAACGAGGGUGACAAGAUUGACGUCAAAGGCCCAGUUGGUCACAUCAAGUAUCUCGGUCAGGGAUUGUUUAGCAUCGACAAAAAAGACUUGCCGCCGGUGAAGAAGAUGACGCUCUUGGGCGGCGGCACGGGCGUCGCGCCGAUGUUGCAACUCAUCGUCGCCGUUCUCGCGGACGAGAAGGACGAAACGGAACUUUCCUUCAUUUACGCCAACAAAACGGAAGACGAUGUGCUAUUGAAGUAUACCCUCGAUCGUCUCGAGCGCGAGCAUAAGGGGCGGUUUAAAGUGCACUACAUGAUUUCCAAGGAGACGUGGGCGGCGGACAGGAAGACUGGCCCGGAGUGGAGCUCGGAUCGCGUCACGUACGGGCGCAUAAGUUUGCCCAUCAUCCAACAACACGGCUUCCCGUCCAACGGUUCGUCGCACAUCGCCGUGAUGUGUGGGCCACCUGCGUUCGAGGAAGACACGUGCAUUCCAGCGCUGAAAGCGCUCGGUUAUCCCGAAGACGCCAUCAUCCGCUAUUAG